AUGAGGAGCGACCUGAAACAGAACAAAUUCCCGCUGAAGAUGCUUUACCAUCAGGUAGCGAAAUUAGUUGAUGCGUUGCUACUCCAUCUGCUUCCUCCUCCCGAUAACCAACAGGUUCUAAUCGCUAUCGAGAGCCUUGUCAUGAGGGUCGCGGGUCUUACUCCAGAGUUAGGAAAAAUGGAAAUCGCAAAGUUUGAGGACAGUAUCCAAUAUUGGUUUCUGACCCUUCCUGAUACGGACGAAUAUAAAUUUUUUCAAAAGCGGCUCCUCGAAGAACGAAAGAAGCGCAAGCCGCAGUCUAAAAAAUGUCUCCCAGACGCAUCUACAGUGCCGUACAGUCUCAGUGAUAUCAAGUUGCCACCUGAGAAACCACCGGCAUCAUCUCUACGGGGCCCUCGCACCUGUCUUCUGCCCACUCCUAACGCUCAGCUUCAGGAUGAGCCCUCGUCUACUAUCGUUGUCAAAACAGAGGCACCAUCAGAUAAUCCAGAUCUUGCCCCUGUGGUGAAAAAAACAGAACCGCUGCUUACCACGCCUAGACGUACUCUCCUUCUGUCUGAAAUUAAACCUGAAUCAGCUGAAGACAAGUCGUCUGAAGCUGAAGCCAUCCGUUCUCAAAAGCGAAAAUCACGUUGGGAUUCCGAUCCAGUGGAAAAAGUGGAUGCACCCGAAACAACAACCGAACAGACUAUACUUGCGGAAGCUAUUGCAGCAGCAAAAAGAGCUGCAGAGUUGGCUGCAGCUUCCAGAGCAAAUUCAUCAGGCAAGUACCGCCUAAAUAUUUUGUGCUUAAAUCAUCUUCAAGCUAUGCAUGAAUUCAUCCUAGCGCAACAGAAAUUGAAACUCCAGGAACAGCAGUUAAUGGAAUCCAUAGAAGGCGUCAAAUACUCAAAGAAACCCAAGUAUACUCCCGACGGUCUACUUAUCAAGUACGAGUACGACUCAGACGAAGAGUGUGAGGGUGGAACCUGGGAGCACAAACUUCGGUCUGCGGAAAUGGAAGCAACCAAAGGUUGGUUAGUAGCGCUAUUAUGUCUGAUUCGUUUGUAA